AUGAUUGACCCAAUCGAUAAAAUUAUUGAAGAAACAUUUGUUUAUAAAAUUGAUAUGCUUCAUAAUCUUUCUUUAUCAUCGAAUGCUUCAAUGAUUCGUUACGCUUUAGCAUAUAAAGACUUUAAUCCUAAUGAAAAAUAUCCUGAGGAAGAGAUAGAAUCAAGUUUUGAAUUAACGAAAAAGUAUUGGAAAUAUAAAAUUGAAUCAUAUAAGAAACAAGAUGAAAAAGCAGAAAGGGAUACUAAAAAUAAUGUUUCAAUGGAUGAUUUUCAAUACUAUCACGAUUUAAUCCUUUCAUCUAAAUGCAAAAUGUGUGGUAAAGCGUUUACAUAUGCAAAUAAACCAACAUUGGAUAGAAUCGAUAAUGAAAAACCACAUACCAAAGAAAAUUGUCAGUUAAUGUGUUGUUAUUGCAAUGUCGUAAAAUCAAAUAAAGAUGAAGAUGUUCAACGUUUAAGAAUCAAUUUAAGAAAUUAUGCAUUAAAAAAUAAUUUACCAAUGACUUUAGAUUCAGUUGAAGCUUAUCACAUUCUCCGUAAUGGAAUUACUGGUGGUCUAUCAAAUGUUCAACAUAGAGUAAAUCUUAAAGGAAUCACGCACAUUAAUAAACUUUCAUAUAGUCCAGAAACUAAAACUGUAUCAAAUGAGGACACUUCCAACAUUAUGACUCAUUUCGUUGGUGUUGAUUUUAAUUCAUUAUAUCCUUCAUCAUUUUCAUCUAAUCCUCAUGAUUUCAUUCAAUAUACUGACCAUAAAAUGUAUAUGCCGGGAAGAUUGAAUGGUGUUAUCAUUUGUGAUACAGCAACAAAGAAAGCAAAAGCACUGGGAAUAAUUAAGAAGAAAAAUACUUUAUUCGUGGCUGAAGUAAAGGGUCACAUUGAUGAAAAAUACAUUAAUGAUUACAUAAACUUUUUACCGAUAAUAAGAAACUUAGAUAUUAUCACAGAUGAAAAAACAAUUGGCA